UCAAAUCAAGUCGUAGGCUCAGGCUGUCAUCAUAGGUUAAGUUUGUUUUGUGAUCCUAACUUGCUUGAAUUAGUUUCAAGUGUCAAGUGAUUUUAUUUCAUGUUAAAUUGCGUUUAUAAUGGUUUUAAAUGAGUCAGAUACUGUUGUAAAACAUAUGGGACCCUCGGGUGAUGCUAAUGGAUGCAUAAGCAUUUCUGUUUUAAAUAGUCAAAAAAAUGAAAUUGUUGAGGAGUAUGGACCGAAUUUAAAACUUUUACCAAGCAACAAUCAAGUCAGAGAACUGCAGACAAUUCUUAGAGAUCGGAAUACAUCUAGAAGUGAUUUCAAGUUCUUUGCGGAUCGCCUAAUCCGCCUGGUGAUUGAGGAAAGUUUAAAUCAGCUUCCCUUUUCCAAAUGUGUCAUCACUACACCAACAGGAGCCAACUACGAUGGACUGAAAUACCAAAGAGGAAACUGUGGAGUUAGCAUUGUAAGGAGUGGAGAGGCAAUGGAACAGGGUUUGCGGGACUGCUGCCGUUCCAUCAGGAUUGGCAAGAUACUGGUGGAGUCAGACCCAGAUACUCACGAGGCUAGGAUUGUCUAUGCAAGGUUUCCAGAGGACAUCGCUAGUCGCAAAGUUCUCUUGAUGUAUCCGAUUAUGAGCACAGGCAACACUGUGAUUAAAGCAGUGGCGGUGUUGAAAGAACACCAAGUCCUAGAAGAGAACAUAAUCUUGUCCAACUUGUUUUCCACUCCGUUUGCAGCCAAAGCAGUAACAACAGCCUUUCCUCAGAUGGUUAUUUUAACUUCUGAGCUUCACCACAUCUGUCCAAAUCACUUCGGACAGAAAUAUUUUGGAACUGAUUAACACCUGGCCUCAAAGUAAGACUAAACAAAUAUAAUUUACUUCAAAGCACAAGUUAAGUUGAUUGAAAUGAAAUCGCCAAAGAUUCUCAGUAUUAUUUUUGAUUUCUAGCAAAUCUCAUCUGUUUAUUAUACAUUUAUUUGUAUAUCUUUCUUUGGUCAACAAAGUGUUUUCCUAUGGUCAGUUUUAGCAUGUUUCAUUUAUGUAGUUUUAUAAUUUGAACAGUUUCAAACGGAUCUGGAUAUUUGUAUAAAUAAAGUGAUAUUUUAAAA